AUGAAUAGAUCAGGAAACUUCAAAAAUCCUUUUGGUAGACCAUGGAUGACAGAAACAGGAGCUGCAGCUGCGGCUGGAGGCCCCGGAUCGCUCGGCUUAAAAGGUGUUGUGGCCGGUGGGAUAACUGGUGGCAUUGAAAUUUGUAUUACAUUCCCUACUGAAUAUGUAAAAACACAGCUGCAAUUAGAUGAAAAAGGAGGUACCAAAAAGUACUCGGGUAUUGUCGACUGUGUCAAGAAGACUGUAAAAGGUCAUGGCGUUCUCGGCCUCUACAGAGGACUCAGUGUGCUGCUCUAUGGCUCCAUACCCAAAUCUGCUGUCAGAUUCGGUGUUUUCGAGCAAGCCAAAUUAUACAUGGUAAAAGAAGAUGGCACACUCUCUACGUCUGGCAAGCUCCUGUGUGGUUUAACCGCUGGUGUCGCUGAGGCAAUAUUCGCCGUUACCCCAAUGGAAACGGUCAAGGUCAAGUUCAUCAAUGAUAUGAGAAUGGAGAAGCCCAGGUUUAAGGGAUUCUUUCACGGAGUCAGAACUAUUGUGAGGGAAGAGGGUGUUGGAGGCGUGUACAAAGGAGUGACGGCGACUGUAAUGAAACAAGGCAGCAACCAGGCUAUUCGAUUCUUCGUGAUGGAGUCGCUCCGAGACUGGUACAAGGGCGGAGAUAGGAACAAGCCUGUGCCCAAGUACAUUGUUGCCUUAUUCGGUGGUGUCGCUGGAGCCGCGUCAGUAUUCGGCAACACGCCAAUAGACGUAGUCAAAACUCGGAUGCAAGGACUCGAAGCUGCAAAGUACAAAAACACUUGGGACUGUUUCUUCAAGACCUGGAAAGCUGAGGGACCUUUAGCCUUCUACAAAGGUACCGUACCUAGACUAUCCAGAGUGGUCUUCGACGUAGCUAUUACGUUCACCAUAUACGAUUCUAUCAUGGAUGUAUUUAAUUAUGUAUGGAAGUAA